CAGCGCUUAAUAAGUUCAGCGUCUCAGAAAAAGUUCUUCACACGAGCCAGAACUGCCUGUCGUUUACUUUCUCAGUCCGGAACGAGCUGCUGCCUGCCUAAUUUCCUCCCUUUUCUCUUCCUUUUUGGGAAAAGAGUUCGAAGGGCGAGAUGGAUUUUGGGGUGAUUGUUUCCAAGAGCGUGCUGCUAUUUAUCAGUUUCAUCUUUUGGGGUGCAGCAGCUGGACUCCUCUAUGUUGGCGCGCACGUCCUCAACGCUUACAAGGAAUAUGACCCUUUUCUUCAGAACCGAGAUGCUCUCUUACCUCCCAUCAUCAUCAUUGCUGUUGCUGUGGUCAUGCUGGUCAUUGGCAUAGUUGGCUGCUGUGCCACCCUUCGUGAAUCCAAGAUUGGCCUUGGAGUGUUCUUGGUCAUUAUCCUGCUGAUCUUCACUGCAGAAAUGGCAACCUUUGUGCUUGGAUUUGUUUACAAAGGAAAGAUAAUAGCUGAGUUCCAUGACUCUAUGUCGAAAGCAUUUGCAGCCUACGACGGAAAAUCAGAAAACUCUCAUAGUGUAGAUUACCUGCAGCAGGAGCUUCAGUGUUGCGGUGUCCAGAACUACACUGACUGGACUGGGACCGAGUGGUUCAACACUAAAGGAAACCACACUUUUCCUCUGAGUUGCUGCAAGCAAGGUCCAACUUCCAAGAAUUGCACAGGACAACUAAGUGAGAAGGAUCUUCUCAACACCCAAGGCUGUGAAAAGAUAGUAAAUCUUGGUGACCUGCUCAACUACGCGAUGCUCAUUGUCUUGGCUUUUGCCAUUGUGAAGUUUUUUGGAAUGCUGGGAAUCUGCAUGUUGGCCUGCAAGAAGGAAAACCAAGGGUAUCAGUCCUUGAGCACCGGAGUGUUUGCCUGACCAAGAAAUAGAGGACUUUUCCUUUUGGGAUCUCCAUGAACAAAAAUGGAAUGAUGUCUUGAGUAGAAAGAAUUAACCUACUUUUUAUGAAAUCCCAAAUGAGAUUACACUGGUUUUCGGAAGUCAUAUUAAAGGUGAAAUAGUUGGCAUUAACAUCCUGAUUAAGCCUGAGAUUUGUCUGAUGUAGUUGAAAUUAAGGUGCCCUUUUUUAAACAGCAGAUGGAGACAUUCACCAGAAAAGGCAGACCAACGCCUGCGAUUUCAGUGUCUGAUAUAAUUCGUGAAUCUAUCUUUGAAUAGACUUUAAAAAAAAAUUCUGCCCAAGAAACACUUUUUCCCAGAUUGGCUGGGCCAUUGGCAUAUGGUAAAGAGCUAGGUGUUUAUAGCAACUCUCUAAAAUCCAGUGGAAAUGGCUAAAUGUUAGACAUGUUGAAAUCCACUCUGAGGUAAAUGUUGAGAACAUAGCAUGCCUUGGAUUGAAGCUGGACUCUUCUCCCAAGAAAAAGUGCUGGUAUGAAUGCUGAGAAUUGCAUUUUCUCUAGACUGACAUUUUCUGGAGUAAUUUGGGAGAUUUACACUUAGGCAGAUUUCAUCUGGGAGUGAUCAGCUUUCCUAACAGAAUAUCCAUUACAUUUCUGAUCAUGUAAAUUCUUUUGCUCAGAAGUUGAGUUAGGUCAGAAAUGCAUAAAGGUUCCUAAUCUUUUUUUUUUUAGCUCAUGAUGUUCAGUGUUGAAUUCUGGUGGUAAAGAUCCCCCAAAUUGACAAUUCAUAUAGGGGAAGCACAAUGAAUUUGUAACAUAAUCCCUAAAAUAGGCUUCAGACUUGAAGCGGGGAGUGUCCACCCUUGGUAGCUUUAAAAAUUUGUGGACUUCAACUUCCAGAAUUCCCCAACCACCUACGAUUGCUGGAGAAUUCUGAGAGUUGAAGUCCACAAGUCUUGUGAAGGUUGGACAUGCCCGUUUUACUCUGCUCUAAAUAUCAAUCAUAGCCUUAUCUCUGAAAAAAAUAUAUUUAUUCCUUGUUACCACUGCAUCCUUAGUUCUGGUCUGUCAAAACGAAGUACAAUUCCCAUCUAUAAAUUUGUUGAGCUACAGAACAAAAUUAGAGUUGCUGGAAUCCUUCAGAAGUCAUGGUUUAAUUACGUAUUCCCAGCCAUAUCUGCAUGGAGUAGUUAUGUAUUCCAGAAACACCAGGUUAGAGAAGGCUGAUCUAGGUGUAUGUGAUUUGAUUUUUUUUUUUUAGUCUGUAUUCACUGGAUGCUCCAGUUUGAAUCCAAUCUAUUUUUGGCCCAAUAAUCCAGUAUGCACUGCAGUUGAGUAAAAUUUCAGGAUGUGCCUGGAAAUAUAUUAAAACUGUGAUGCUACUUUCAUUCCAAUAUUAUUCUGCAUUCUUGGAUGGCAUUAAAACAAUUUCUCCAGAUGAAGGAUGUUGACUUGCUGGGGCACAAACAGAUAUAUUCUUCAUUUUUUGUCCUCUUGUUUUUGUAAGCAGAGAAACAACUUACAUAGCAUAUGUGUUGCUGGAGGGAAAAGCAACAUUUUUGGUUUUUCAAACCAUUUCUCUUUAAUUGUUGAGUAUUGUAUGAAUACUUUACAUAAAGAGCCUCCUGAAACCUAAAUAAAAUACUU